UUUACCUUCCCAGGCACAGGCCAUGGAAAGGAAUGACAUCAUUGACUUCAAAGCUUUGGAGAAAGAGCUGCAGGCUGCACUCACCGCUGAUGAGACGUACAAGCAGGAGAAUGCUGCCAAGUUACGGGCAGUGGAACAGAGGGUGACAUCUUAUGAGGAGUUCAGGGGUAUUGUCCUUGCUUCACAUUUGAAACCUCUGGAGCGGAAGGACAAGAUGGGAGGGAAGAAAACCGCACCCUGGAACUGUCACGCUGCUAAGGGAAGGAACUGUCACAGUACUCGGGGAAGCACCUGCCAGGAUGAGGCCACGGAAAUAUUCCAGGUGAAAACACUCUUCCAGCCUGAGACCUCAGCAGAGUUCUACCGUGAUUGGCGGCGACACUUGCGGAGCGGGCCAGAGCGCUACCAGGCCCUGCUGCAGCUCGGGGGCCCAAAGCUGGGCCACCUCUUCCAGGCGGAUGUGGGGUUUGGACUUCUAGGGGAGCUUCUGGUGACACUGGCUGAUCAUGUGAGGCCAGCCGACCGGGUGGCUGUUCUUGGGAUCUUGCACAACCUGGCCAGCACUGGGCGCUUCACCUUGAACCUGAGCCUGCUGAGCCACACAGAGAGGGAGAGCUGCAGAGGCUUGUUUCGGAAGCUGCAGGCCAUGAGUGCCCCUAGACUCACAAAGGAGGGGCUCAGCCAGGAGGAGCAGAGUCUGGAAGAGCAGCCUGGUGGGCCCCAGGAGGAGGAGAGGCUCCUGCAGGAGCUACUGGGGCUAUACCAGGUGAACUGA